AUGGAAAAAAGAACAAAGAACAGUGUGAUUCCCACGUUAAAGUAUAAAGUUGCACGGUCAGAAAAAUUUGGCAGAUACUUGCAAGCAGCAAAAAAUGUAGCACCCGGCGAAGUGAUACUCCGAGAAAAACCGGUUGCUGUUGGUUCCAUGACAACCAGCAAGGAUUACGUGUGCUUUGCGUGUUUGCGUUUAUUACCAAAAAUCAAAAAAGGUACGCAGUACCGUUGUUCAAAGUGCAACGUUGCACCGUUAUGCGGUCCUGCCUGCGAGGAACAGUCGAAGCAACAUACAUCAGACGAAUGCGAAGUACUUAAAAAUAAUAAAGACUUAUUGACAGACAAAAUAGUAGACGUAAUUAACGUGCUAUUACCUUUAAGAUUAUGGCUUCUGAAGUAUAAGAAUCCGGAGUUAUGGGAACGAAUUCAGUCCAUGGAAGCCCACAUAGAUGAGAGAAGAAACACGUCCGUCUGGAAGGACACGGAAGAAAAUGUUAUAAAUGUCAUGAGGGCGCUUCGUUUAAUUCCUGAAGAGGACGCGACCACGGAAUGUCUCCAGCAGCUCUGCGGAAUUUUGGACGUUAAUACUUUCGAGCUAAGACCUCCGGGAGGUCAGGACGGUUUGCGUUUGCGAGGUUUAUACAUAGAGGCCUCCCUCAUGGCUCACGAUUGCAGAACGAACACACACCUUACCGUAGACGACAACUUUCAGCUUACCGUGUACGCUAGUUUGCCGAUCAACGAAGGCGACGCUAUUUUAUUCAAUUACACAUCGUCGCUUUUGGGAACAGCGACUAGAAGGAAGCAUCUGCGAGAAGGAAAGUACUUCGAAUGUGAGUGCUCGUUAUGUAGAGAUCCUUACGAAAUGGGAUCGUACAUGAGCAGCAUUUUGUGCACCAGGUGCAGGGAAGGUUUCAUAGGGCCGGAAAAUCCUUUAACGAUAAAUCCGUACGGACGGGGUAUAAAGUGGCAAUGCGAUAAGUGCAAAAGAAGCAUCGGGGGACGUCUUGUACGAGCUACUUUGGAUAUAACCAGAACGUUGAUCGAUAAUGUGGAUGAUGGUGAUGUCAAAGGUCUUGAAACAUUGUUGGCAAAACUAUCACGAUCGCUGCACCAAAAUCAUUUCUUGAUGUUGUCCUUGAAACAGAAGUUAGUGAACGUGUACACGAAAGAAGUGUCAUCGCCGAAUCCGCAGAAAAAAGUUAUGCAAAGAAUGUUGGACAUGUGCAAGGAAAUGUACAAUAUGUUGGAAAUAGUUGAGCCAGGGAUAUCUCGAUUGAAAGGGAUAAUGUUGUACGAAAUGCACUUACCGUUGGUACUAUUGGCGAAUCGAGCGUACGCCGCGCGCGAAAUUUCAUCGAUGGAGCUAACUUCCCGCCUGGAGGAAGCCGGAAGUCUCUUGAAGAAGUCUCUGACAAUGCUUCUUUUAGAACCAACGGAGACGCCGGAGGGGAAAUUAGCUAAACGAGCUCUGCAAGAAUUAAAAGCACUGAAUCAAAAUAUAGCCGACGUUAAAACCAUUAACACGAUCGAGGACACGCGUGCCCACAACAAAAGAAAAUCGCAUAGGAAUAAAUUGAAAAAAUGA